CAGUGCCUUAUCCACUACUACUCCUUGUCACUCGCUCUCCCUCCGUUUUGAGAGUUCGAUCAAUUCAAUUGAGUUACGAAAACCCAUUACGACUUUGUGACCAAAAAUGGUUUCGAGGACAUUUGCGUUUGCAGCUCAGUCUGCCCUUUACUGCUUCUCUGAUUCGCCCAAGCUAAGUUCGUCCAAAAUAUCCGGCAAACAGACUCAUGCCCUUUUCUCCACCGACCACAGGAGCUUCGGUUUUACCAUUAAACGCCCCAAUCGAGUUCCAUGGCUCCCUGAACCCAAGCUCAAACGGUUAAGUUCUAUUCGCUUCUUUAAUGAUGGAGAUAAAUCCAAAGAUGGUCUCCAAGUGAAGGAAACUGGAUUAGACUGGCCUAUUCUGGAGCGGUGGGAGGUGCCUUGGGGUUGGCAAACAGCGUCCUUGACCUCCUUGGCGUGUGGACUAAGUUUUGUUUUGACAGGAUUAGUAGAGGCAGCAGCUAUAGCCUACCUAGGACUUCGUAGUGAUGAGUUGAGUUUAGAUGAGAAGGCAGAGAUUUUGUUUCUCGAUCAAGGCAUUACUACUGCAGUUGUACUUGCAGUUUUAUAUGGCGUUGCUAACUCCUUCCAACCACUACCUGAGGACAUGUACCGCUAUGAUUGGAGGAAUCCUUUCAAUCUACAGAAAGGGUGGCUUUUGUGGGCAGGGAUUGGUCUUGCUGGUGCUAUAGCUGCUAUUUCAUUAACAGGUGUUGCUGUAUCUUUUUUUAGUGGCGAUAGCCCACAACGAGAGACUGAUGCCUUAGUUCGCUUGCUUCCGUUGAUUGGUUCUUCGAGUAUCAGCACUGCUUGCUUGGUAGGCAUCACAGGAGUUCUUGCUCCAAUUCUUGAGGAGAACGUGUUUCGAGGGUUUUUUAUGGUGUCCCUGACUAAGUGGUUACCUACACCUGUUGCUGUUGUUAUUAGUGCAGCUGUUUUUGCGCUGGCGCAUCUAACUCCUGGAGAGUUUCCACAGCUUUUUGUGCUUGGCGCUGCUAUGGGAUUUUCAUAUGCUCAAACUCGCAAUCUUCUGACUCCUAUCACCAUACAUGCUUUCUGGAACUCAGGAGUAAUAUUGGUUCUCACCUUUCUCCAGCUUCAAGGAUAUGAUAUCAAGGAAUUGUUGCAGGCUACCUGAUGAUCUUUUAAUAUUAUAAAGCAGAGCAUAUGUUUCAUUGGAUUAGUUAUUACAGACCUGGAUAAUUUAUUUCUUGGAUAAGAUGUUUAGAUCGAGUGAAUAUAGGUUGGAGCUAUUCAAUGUAAAAAUUAACAAAACUAAUGAAGUUUUGAAACAUGAUUGCAUUACUAUUUAGUCUGUUCACCGUGACAACUAGCCAAUUGUAUUAAACUAUUUAUAUAUUGAUUGGACUAUGGUUUUAUACUAUUUAUGAUCGUCAAUGACAAUUUUUCUUUGCUUUGUCUUUUA